AGAUUUUUUUUUAUUUAAUAAAGUGCUAUAAAGAGUGUUCCUAACAAUUUUGUUUCCUUGCUUACUUUUUAAAGUAUAACAAUACCUUUCCGCGUUUAACCAAAUUCUUGCAUUGUAUAUAAGAAUUUCUGAAACCUGAAAAUUUAAAAGCUUUUGUCUUGUUCGGUGUUUUGGGUGAUUGAUGCUGCAUAGGUUUCUGUAGCUUCCAUUAACACUACGUAGAGCCUUUUCUUGUGUGUGGAUUAUAGAACUUCAGAGGUAGGAGGUUGUUUAGAAGAUGGUUGGGAACCCUGCACUCAAUGUUUCAUCAUUGCCAGCUUCUUUUUCUUCAUGUGUGAUUACCCAUCCAGGAAAUUCCUUAAGUUGCUCUCCUCUUCCAAUAAGACAUCGAACACAAAUUAACAAGAUAAGAGCUGCAUCUACUGAUGCAGGUCAAGGUCAUGGCCAAUGGUCAUCUACUUCAGAAGCAAAGAAUCCACUUGCAGUUGUAUUAGAUGUUUCUUGUGCUGUUUGGAGGCAAACAUUGCGUCCAUUAAGUGAUUUUGGGUUAGGUCAUAGGAGCAUCUGGGAAGGUGGGGUUGGAUUGUUUUUAGUAUCUGGCACUGUCCUAUUUGUACUUACUUUGGCUUGGUUGAGGGACUUCCAAAUAAGAUCUAAAUUUCGGAAGUACACAGCAGUGUUUGAGUUUGCUCAAGCUUGUGGUAUAAGCACUGGAACACCUGUGAGAAUCAGAGGGGUCACUGUUGGCAGGGUCCUACAUUUGAAUCCUUCCUUGAGAAGUAUUGAGGCGGUUGUUGAGGUUGAUGAUGAUAAAACAAUUAUACCGCGGAAUUCAUUCAUUGAGGUUAACCAGUCAGGUCUUCUUAUGGAAACAAAAAUUGACAUCACUCCUCAUGAUCCUAUUCCAAUGCCUUCAGUUGGCCCUCUUGACCAAGACUGUACUAAAGAAGGUCUUAUUGUGUGUGAUAGAGAAAAGAUCAAGGGCUACCAAGGAAUAAGUUUGGAUACAUUGGUUGCGAUUUUCACCCGCCUUGGGCGUGAUAUGGAGGAAAUUGGUGUCAUCAAUAGCUUUUCGUUGGCUGAACGAGUUUUUUCUAUUAUUGAAGAAGCAAAACCACUUCUUAUACAGAUCAAAGCCAUGGCUGAAGAUAUUCAACCUUUGUUGGCUGAUGUCUGUGGUAGUGGCCUGUUGAAGGAAGUUGAGAAUUUAACCCGAAACCUUACCCAAGCUUCUGAUGAUUUGAGAAGGGCACAUUCCUCCAUUAUGACCCCUGAGAACGCUGAAUUGAUUCAGAAGUCCAUAUACACACUUAUUUUUACCUUGAAGAACUUUGAGAAUAUUAGCACUGAUAUUCUGGGUUUUACUGGUGAUGAGACUACAAAAAGUAAUUUGAAAUUACUUAUCAAGAAUCUGAGCAGGUUGUUGUGAAGUAAAAGUUAAAGUGACGUAGAAUAUAACAGAUAUGAAUAUUAGGACCUCGGAAAGAAUGAAGUUACAGGUGACAGGAUUAUAUAGCAUUCAAAGUGUUUCUAAUUGGUGAGGUUUUCAGUUGUGCACAACCACUUAGCAGUCUAGAAAUUGACGAACAUAAGUAUAGAGCAGUGUAAUAUUAAGAGUUUCCGGAUACAGAAUAUUUGUUGAAUGUCGAGGUUUCUAUUUUUUUUUUUUUCUUUUGUCAAUUGGCAAAUGAAAACAACCAUUGUGGUAGCAAACAAUAUUAUUGAUGUGUCCUGGUUGGUUCAUCUUUUAAGUUAAUUUGCAUAGUCAUCUGUAUGACUUUUAUUCAUGCAUCUGAUCUGAGUAAAUGUCUUUUGCCUAUGUG